UACCCAACCCUCCCUAGUCGACACUGCCAGCCUAAGCAAACUCGGAGACACGCAAGAACCAGCCAUCCGAGAAAAGAAAACCACCACCCCGCAAGCACGCACAAAGCACCUAUUCCUCCAUCAAGAAUCUGCUACGCAUGUUCCUUCGUCUCGCACAUGCAUCUCUAGCUGGCUAGCUAGUGUAUUUGAUUACAAAUAUCCAUCCAGAUCACAGUCCAAUCACGCACAACAAUCGAUCAUGGCAGCUGCUUCUUCUACCUCUGCCGUUUCCGUCAGGCAACGGACUGCCGCAGCAGCAUCGCCACUGCUCCAAGAUCAGCAGCAGGAAAAGCAUCAAGAUGGAGCUGUUGAUCCGGUACCUCCGCCGCCAGCGCCGCGAUCGACGCUGUACCAGGCGCUGACGUCGACGGCGAGCCUGGCCAACCUGCUCCCGACGGGUACGGUGCUGGCUUUCCAGCUGCUCGCGCCGGCCUUCACCAACCACGGCGCCUGCGACGCCACCACGGCGCUGCUCACGCGGAUCCUCCUCGCCGUCCUCGCGCUCUCCUGCCUCCUCGCCUCCUUCACCGAUUCCCUCAAGGGACCCGACGGCCGCGUCUACUACGGCGUCGCCACCCUCAGGGGCCUCUGGCUGCUCGACUACCCGCCCGCCGCGCCCACGCCGCCGGACACGGCCAGGUACAGGCUGGCGCCAAUCGACGCCGUGCACGCGGCGCUGUCGGUGGCCGUGUUCGGGGUGGUGGCGGCCAGAGACAAGAACGUUGUGCGGUGCUUCUACGGCCCAUCGCCGGCGAGAGAGACGGAGGAGGUGCUGGACAUCGUGCCGCUCGGCGUCGGCGUGCUCUGCAGCUUGCUCUUCGUCGCGUUCCCCACCAGGCGGCACGGCAUCGGCUACCCUGUCACUAACGGCGCCAGUGGCAGCAGCACCUGAAUAAAGUAAACUUACCCGCGCAUGUACAAAGCUCAAGAAUUACUGUCUGUUUACGGUGGUACUAACUUAAGAGCAAUGUAUCAUUCUAUGAUUUCGAUUUCUUGCUUGUUUGACCUGUGGGAUGUAAACGAUCUGACUAUAGAUUCUACACACACAAAAUCUGUUAUUUUUAAUU